UUCCCAACUUUGCUACCCUCUUCUCUGCCAUUCCAAAACCCAAAACCAGAGAAAGAGAAAGAAAUGUUGCGGUCCCUUGUGAGAGCCACAGCAACAACAAACUCCAAAAUCCAGCCAUGGCGCGUGCCUCCUACUUUCCGUUACUCUUCCAAGCCCGCUCACUUUCUCAAACCCGAUCCCAGGAAUCCCGGCGCCGCCGCCACCGCUGCCAUAGCCGGCCAGGCCGUCUCCGAUCGACAGGAGCGCCUCCGCCUCCUCGCCGAAGAUGACAAGAACCCUUCCCUUGACGUCGGCCCCAAUGGCCGCCCCCUCUUUACCUCCGCUCCUUCUCUCUCACACCUCGCUCGCCAACACGCUUCCACCUACUUCAAAUUCACGAAGGAGGGGUUGAACUCUGUGUUGCCGGAGGGGUUACCGAUGGGAAUGGUGACGGAGUUCCAGGAGUCCAUGAGAACAGCUUUGCUUGUUCGCCAGAGCUUCCUCGAUCUUCGCGACAACUUCCGGCGUGUUGUUGAUCCUCCAAUGUGGUCUACUAAUGCUAAAGGUGUUAAAGUUAGGAAGCAAGUUGUGUUAGAUGGUCCGGUUAGCUGUGGAAAGAGCAUUGCACUUGCAAUGCUUGUGCAUUGGGCUAGGGAAGAAGGUUGGCUGGUUUUCUAUGUCCCUAGAGGCAAGGCAUGGACUCAUGGAGGAUUUUUCUAUAGGCACCCGCUAACUGGUCUGUGGGAUACUCCUAUACAGGCUGCAAAGGUCCUCGAGGAUUUUUUGAAGUACAAUGAAUCCUACUUAAAGCGACUGCCAUGCCAAAUAUUUGAUCCAAUCCCAUUAGGUGAAGGUGCUGGUGUUGGAUGGUUGAAAGAUGUUGAUUCCUUGGCAGUUUCUGAAGGAACAAUGUUAUACGAGCUAGUGAAGACUGGAAUUGAAGAAACACAUGCAGCUGUUGGAGUUGUUGUUCGUUUGAGGAAAGAGUUAUCACUUGUGAAAGACAUGCCUGUACUUAUUGCAAUUGAUCAAUAUAAUAACUGGUUUACAUUCAGUGAGUACGAGGAGCCAGUCACAAUUCGUUCUUGUCGACCAAUACAUGCCAGAGAACUUACAAUGGUGAAUGCAUUUAGGUCAAUGAUGCAUGAUGAUAUGAUGGUAGGGGCUUUCUCUCACUCAACAGCUGUAGGAAAGCUUCGAAAAGACUUGCCUGAUGUUCCGGUAGAUGCCCGUGUUAUGUUUCCUCGAUACAGUUUGGAGGAAGCUGAGACUGUUUGCCAUUAUUAUUUGAGGCAAAGGCUUAUUCGCCAUGAAGUAUUUUCCGAAGAAAAUUGGAAGAAGAUUUACUUCCUAACCAAUGGAAAUGGAACAGAGAUGCGAGGGUUACUUCCUCACAUGACAUCAUAGACAACAAAUGCAUUAAUUUUUUAUCCAAUUUGAUGGAUUCAGACUGUUAGUUAAUAAGAGAAAAUUUUGAUGUUUACAAUUAUCCUGAGUUAUUCAUCAUAGGAAACAGUGGGUUUACUAAUUACAUGAUCCACUUAAAUCUGUUAAAUUAGCAUUAAGAAUCGUUGUCCAAUCGAAUGUACCACUGGUUCUUCACCGUCCUGCUUGCUGAUUCCUUAGGUGGUCUGUGUAUCAGGUUGUUUUAUGUUUCUGUCGCACAGGAAAAAAGGCAGUGUACUACUAUGUAUAUUAAUUUGCAACUUGUAGUUUUAAAAUUAGAAAUAUUUUGUUUGAGUUUUAUAUUUACUAUGAUA